AUGGGCGAACCUUCCAGCCUCACGGGAGACGUCGGACCUGCUUUCCCCGUUGUUAUACCGGUGGGUCGUGCCGGCACUGUCGAGGAACUUGCUGCGCCGUCUACAUCAGCUGCUUCAGAUUCCGCCCAUGAGUCAGGCCCCGAAGCGGAAGCUGCUAUGUGGAAGGCCCUUGGAGACGUCGUGACGACUAGGCUGAAGUUGGCGGCAGAUCAGCUGUCCAAGGGACCGUCAAGUCCUGCAGCGCCACCCUUCAUGAGCAGCAGCGCGCUGCCUCCUGUAGGUCCAGGCCUCGGCAUGGGAGCCCUGCCAUCCGUUCCAGUGUCCGGAGCUGGCCCCGGUCCUUGGGGUGCUCUGCCACCAAUGCCUCCCGUUGUGGCUCCAGCUUCAGCGGCGUGUGCGCUGUGGGCAUCGCCGUGUGCAGUGCCUGGUCAGCGUAAGCCAUCGCAGAAGGCAUUGGGCAGAUUUCUCUGA